UUCAGCGUGUUUCACAAUUUUGAAGGCAGCGUAAGCUUAGAGUGAACCCAGUGUUUGCCACUGCUGCUGUGAUACUGAGCUGUUUGCGCUACUCAUUAUCACCUGACUGGUUAUAAAACUUGUCUUCCAGAAGACCGUAGUUCAGGGUCUAAGUCUCUUUUCCCAACUGUCGGUGAAAGUUUCUGGGCAGAGGGAAAAUGCAAAGAAUACCUGGGAAAGACAGGAAUUUUCUUUGGGGUUUAAUAGCAAACUUGGCAAGAUACCAUGGCUGAAAUUAAGAGGAGGGGACUUGUAGGCAGUGUUUUCACUUGGGUGCAAGAACAAGAUGGGGAGGACAUUCUCCAUUGAUAAAGUUGAUUUUUCUUACUGAGCUAUUCCUUUGCCUGCUAGCAGUGAACACAAACUAUGGUUUAGCAGCUGCAUUUUUAUUUACUUUUGUGAACAUGUCUCUAAUGAAACUGGCAUGCUUAUGGUGAAUCCUCUGUGUCCACUGUGAGAUGUGGAGAGGAUUCCAGCACUUACAUCCCCCUGUAUAAAGGCAGGUAUUCUGGGAUAUAUGAGCGUGAAGACUUCUGGAUCCUUUACCUGGGAUAACCUGUUUUACAGUCCCUUGCUGCUACAUCAGCACCUUCAGUUUAGAUGAAAGGUACAGACAGUUGUUAGCAGGGCUGAGAGCGAGAAUUCAGUCUUGUAUCCUCACGUAAGGAUUUCAUUUUUAUUUUUUUUUUUUCCCGAUGGAUUCUCCUGAGCUCUGAAAAAGGGGUGGUUCUGAAGAAUCUUUAAACUACAAAUUAGAAAUUUGUUGCUUGCAUCUGUCAUCAUGUACGUCAUUGGUACAUUGUCACAUACGUUGGUGUAGACAGAACUGUAGUUAUUUGUCAUAAAUUUCCCACACACGUUUCUUGCCUGCCUCUUCCCAGAUGUGUUCAGAUACAGCACAUCUAAUACUCAGGCUUCAUUACUCUGUAAGCUCAUCUUGUAGUAUGUUACAACCUUGGCUAAAAUAUGAUUACAAGAGGCAGAAGGUGAGAUUCUGGCAUGUUAACAACACAGCCUUGGGAGCACAGGAAAAUCUCUCUUGCACGAUAUGCCCUUAAAUUAUGAUCCAGGCAUGGGAAAUGUAUCCUCAGCUAUGUAAUGACUGGCUUCAAAUCAACGGGUGCUGGAGACCUUUGGAAGGAACUUUGUUGACAGAUGGUGUGCAGUAAAAGAGCAAUGUGCUUAUCUUUAUGGUAUUCUAUGCUUCCAUCGCUGUUAGUGGCUGAACUCAAGGUGAUAGCUAUAUUAGUGAAGAUUGCUUUGGCAGCAGUGACAGUAUGGUCAUGUAGCUUCACUUUUCAACAACCUGAAGAGUUGCAGCACCUUCAGGAAUGGGAGAAGCACCCUUACUACAACCUAACCGUAAAAGUCCUCCGAGCCAGAAACAUCAAGGGUACAGACCUGUUGUCAAAAGCAGACUGCUAUGUGGAACUGAAACUGCCCACUGCAUCUCCCAUGGUCUACCGAACUCAGGUUGUUGACAACUGUGAUAACCCAGAGUGGAAUGAAACCUUCCAGUAUCGAAUCCAUAGUGCUGUCAAGAACAUUCUGGAAUUGACACUCUAUGACAAGGAUGUCCUACUCAGCGAUGAGCUCACUUCUAUUGUCUUCGAUGUAGGAGGCAUGAAGCCAGGUCAGCCCCUGCUGCGCACUUUCAAGUUGAACCCCGAGGCUAAUGAAGAGCUGGAUGUAGAGUUCUGCUUGGAGAAAUGCUCAGAUACCCCUGCAGAGGUAUUGACCAAUGGAGUACUUGUGGUUCAUCCUUGCUUGUCUCUCCAAGGCACUGUCAACAGAGAAGAAAAAACAAAAGAGAAACAGCAAGGUAGCUGUGAGGUCAAGCUGUCUGUUCCAGGGGCGUAUCAGAAGCAGCUGUGUAUUCCUUGGAGGCCAGAUAAUAAGAAGGAUUAUGGAACCUCCUUUGUUUUUCACGUGGAUAAAGAAAUGCAUCCAGAACUGCAAGUGGAGCUGGAGCAAACCGUAUCUAUCCUACAGGAUGGGAUGAACCCUGAUAUUGAAAAGCAUACUACAGUUCUGGGACGGGGGACUGUACCAGUUAAUUCCCUUCCUGUUGGACAAAAAGUUGAUAGAGUUGUUUCUCUGGGAGAGGGACAAAGUUUGGAUGUAAGUUUGAAAGCUGAAGAGAGCACUUGGGAUCUAGAUAUACGUCUGGGUUUUGACCUCUGUAAAGAGGAGAGAGAAUUUGUGGACAAAAGGAAGAAAACAGUUUCUGAGGCACUGAAGAAGACUCUUAAUUUAAAGGAAUCCCCUCGGAAAGAUGAGGUUCCGGUUGUAGCAGUACUGGGGUCUGGAGGUGGGAUGAGAGCACUGACUUCAUUCUACGGCAGCCUAGCUGGGCUUCAGCAGCUGGGCCUUCUGGAUGCUGCAAUGUAUCUGAGCGGGAUUUCUGGCUCUACUUGGUGUUUAUCAACAUUGUAUCAAGAUCCUCACUGGUCACAGAAAGAUCUUCAAGAUGCAAUCAGUAGAGCUCAGGGUACUGUGUCCAGCAGCAAAGGAGGGGCAUUUUCCCCAGAACGACUGAAAUACUAUUUCCAGGAGUUGAAUUCAAUGGAAAGUAGUGGACGGAAAGUUUCCUUCACAGAUUUGUGGGGCCUUAUUGUGGAGUAUUUCCUACAACAGAAGGAAGAUCCAUCAAAGCUGUCUGAUCAGCAAGAAGCAGUGAAAUGGGCCCAGAACCCUUAUCCUAUCUAUGCAGCUGUCAAUGUGAGACCCAAUAUUAGUAGUGGUGACUUUGCAGAAUGGUGUGAGUUUACUCCCUAUGAAGUUGGGUUUCGCAAAUAUGGAGCUUUUGUCAGAACAGAGGACUUUGACAGUGAGUUCUUCAUGGGAAGGCUCAUCCAGAAACGUCCAGAGCCUAGAAUUUGUUUUCUACAAGGAAUGUGGGGAAGUGCCUUUGCUGCAAGCUUGGAUGAUAUCUGCUUGAAAGUAGUUGGAACGGGGUUGGGCUUUCUAGAGCCUUUCAAAGAUGUUAUCAAAGUUAUAGAUGACUGUCGAAGAUCUCAUUUCCGAGAUCCAACACGACUGAAGACUCGCUUGGUUAUACCUGGGGGACCCUUGUUGCAAAUUUUCCAGGAUUUCUUCAAGUCCCGGGUCACGUGUGGAGAGACCUUCAACUUCAUGCAGGGAUUGUAUCUUCAUAAAGAUUAUGUUAAAGUCAAGAAAUUUGUGGUUUGGAAAGGCACUCAUCUGGAUGCGUUUCCUAACCAGCUGACCCCCAUGGAAGAGAGCUUGUAUUUAGUGGAUGGUGGCUUUUCUAUCAACUCUCCCUUUCCAUUGGUACUUCAGCCAGAGAGAGAUGUGGAUGUUAUUUUGUCGUUCAAUUUUUCCUGGGAAGCUCCGUUUGAGGUUUUAGAGUUGGCUCAGAAAUACUGUGAGGAGCGGGAGAUUCCUUUUCCAAAAAUUAAAUUGAGUGAUGAAGAUGAAAAGAAGCCAAAAGAGUGCUAUGUGUUUGUGGAUAACAAUAAUCCAAAGGCUCCCAUUGUGCUCCAUUUCCCAUUAGUGAAUGACACCUUCCGGAAAUACAAAGCUCCAGGCAUUAAACGCAAGUCAGAAGAUGAGAAAUCCUUUGGUGACUUUGUCAUUGAGACAAAAGAUUCUCCUUAUCGUACACUAAAUUUCACCCUUGAGCCAUAUGAUUUCCGCAGGUUAGUGGAAGUGAAUCGCUACAAUGUUCUGAACAACAAGGACACUCUCUUAAAAACCCUGAACUUGGCUCUGCAAAGGAGAAAGGGGAAGAAUGUCAUCAAUAUAUCCAAUACAUGAGUAGCUUCCAUAAGUGAGGAUAAAGGCAGGCUGCAGUGUACCAAAGCCAUGUGGUUCAAGCCUGAAAGCUGAAAACUGAUAGCUGGAAACUGUCUCCUUGGGAAGGGAGUAACACGUGUGACAUUGAAAAUCCAUUCAAGAUAUCAGAUGAUCUUAGAAAAACCCAAGAGACAGUAACAUCGGUGUUGUACUGUUAUGUCAAAUAGAAAAAAGAGGGUUGUGUGUGAAUGUGGAAGAGGAGGAAAUUAUUUAGCCCAGUAUCUCAUCUAAUGGCAGCUGAUGACUAGAGAGAUCUAUGCAAAGAGUGCAAGCAUCUGGAGAUAACCUUACAACCUCCAUUGACCUGUGGAUAAAGGAUCUCCUGUCAAAGAUGUUGGUUUCUUCCAUAUCUUUAACAUUCUUGCUUUUUGAACCUCCAUGAGGUUUUACCAUUUACCUCAUCUGGCAUAGAAUUCAAUGGAUUGUAACCACGCACUGGGAGAGAAAAUGUCCUUUUGCUUUCAACUUGCUACUGGCUGUUGCCCAUAUAUUUGCAAGACUGAACAGUUAUUAACUGCUUACCAUUUUUGCUAUUCAUGUUUUUUAAGAUAUCUGGUAUUUCCUUCUUACCUGUCUCAAGAAUUAGUAAUGGCCUUCAGUGUCCCAAAAGUUCAAUGCAGAGUAACUUAGUUUGGUAACCAUUAUUUUUUUGAGGAAAUAGUAGUGUUUUUUUUUUUUUUUUUAAUAUAUUUAAGAAUUGAAGACACAUCAUGUGAUUGUGCUGCUUCUUCCUAUAGUUUGAUCAUCACAAGCUGAUGAAAUUUAAAAAUAAAUCAGUAAAUGUUACAAGUUUGGUCUUUGUCUUUCUGUGCAAGAGGAAAGAAGACUCCUUGGAGGAAUCUGAAAUAGAUCUUUUUUUUUUUUUUUAACCUUGGACUUGCGAUUCAGACAAAGCUUUGUUCAAGGAAUUAAUUUGUGUGUUUCCACAUUAAAGGAUCAUUGAUGUUCAAGGUAGGAGGACCUUAUAAAUGUUAAUAAAUAAUGUCAAGUGCUGCUAUGCUGUGGUUUGGAAUUUACCUCAUUUUGCAGAAAGCUUGGAGGAAAGGACUGAAUGUUGCAGUUGGAACAUUCUAACACAAAAACAACGUGAAGAAUUGUUUACUUUUGUGGCUUUUAUAUUGAACUGGAUGUACUGAUUCUGUAUUUGAAAGUUGGAGAGAGAAACAUUUUCUGAAAUGAUAUAUAGUUUUAUGAACAGAUAAGGUUCUUGAUUUCUUUUUUGGAAUGUGUUCCUCUUCUAAUAAAUUUUAAUUCUAUUAAAGUUUUUCACAA